AUGUUCCCAAAACUCAGAAAAGCGGUACUGACAGAAUCGAAGCACGUCUUCACAACCCCCAGCCCCGCCUUCACUCACGAUCGCAUCAUGCUCAUCAAACAGUUCCUUGGCCCUUCGGUUGUUCACCUGAGUUUGGAUGUAGGAAAUGUGUCCCUGGAAGGAACCUCCCUGCGCUUAUUCACCGUUCUGGGCAUGUGCUCUCAGCUAAAAGUCAUGCAGGGAGAAGGGUUGAAUGACUCAGAAGACGUGGCAUCAGCGUUCUCCGACUCUGUGUGCCUCUGGCAUGACCUUGAAGAAUUGACAUGUGUCUCUUUGAACGACACCGCACUGAAACACCUUGCAUCUCUCAAAUCAUUUCGACGGUUAGACAUGGACCUACCCAGCUAUCGCAUAUACUCUAAUCCAAUCCUUGCUGGGCUUCGGGAUCCCGGUUUUCCGGCCAUCCAGUCGUUCAGAUUUCGCACCCUCCGAGGUACACUAUCAGAUAUCGCCGGCCUAGUAGAUUCACUUCAACCGCCACAAGGCCGCUUGUCCCUACUGAACUUCAAUGCCUUAGCUUACCGUGUUUCUGAAACGUCGAUUAUUACUUUAGGACAAUCAUUGGCAAGCACUUUCGACACAAGUACUUUGGUCAAUCUCUCUAUCACGGAGUCAGGGAACUCUGGUCUUCUCUUCAAAAUCGACGACAUGCGUAGCCUCUUCCCUUUCAGAUCUCUUUCCAGCAUAGACAUCGACACUCGGCGAGCGGUUGGCUUGGACGACGUCACGCUCCUGCAGAUGACGGAAGCUUGGCCAGGUCUCAAUUCCCUCGUGAUCAACGAGCUGACAGGCUGGACGAUACAGCCACGAGUGACUCUUCGAGGCCUUCGGGAUAUGUUGAAGAAGCUCCCCCAACUGAAAAAGUUGACAGUGGCCAUUGAUGGCGACAGCGUAUUGGCGGAAGACAUCAAGAUGAAGAAUCUGGGACACUUUAGUAUCUGUAGGCCAUUCACGUUGAAUCUCCUGGAUUCGAGGAUUACGGCGUCCAGUGUCCCAGAAGCGGCGGCGUUCCUCGCCGAUAUCUUUCCUCACCAUGGAAUCGGCAAUUGUAACUGCGAUAUCUGGUCCUGGAGUGUAGACAUACACUCGCAGGAGACCCUGGAGCCUGAGAGGAGAGAGUUCGACGAUGAUUUUCAAUGGGACCAAGUGUUUCAGACCGUUCACAUUAUCAAUCAGGUCGGUCUGAUGCGCUCGGGAAAACCACUAAGGUAUGAUAGUGAUGGAGCAUACGACAGUGGCGGCGCUUAUGAUAGCGACGGUAGCUCAUUCUCGGACGAGUAG